AUGCCGGUUCGUCCUACUCCAGUAGGCGGGAGACUGGGGAUCUUCUGGCCCAACUGGACAAUCCUGGAAGACCCGUUUGUCACCAACAUUCUCAAGACCGGUUACAAGCUGCCAAUCGCCGUGUCGCCGCCUCUGACUACAACGCCCCAGUCACGUGUGUAUGCUCCAGACCAACAAUUACUGCUAGCAGACAGCAUUCACACUCUGUUACGCAAACAAGCUAUAGAGACAGUGCUAGACCCCCAACAGUCCCCGGGGUUCUACUCACCCAUCUUGCUGGUUCCCAAGAAGGACUCACUACUAGCCAAACUUGCGCCCAGGGUCUGGUUGGCCAGCCUCGACCUUCAGGAUGCCUACCUGCAUGUGCCCAUUUACCACCAUCACAGGAAGUACCUGAGGUUCUUUUUCAAAGGGUCCCACUACCAGUGGAAAAUGCUUCCGUUUGGAAUUUCCACGGCCCCAUGGCUUUUUACUCGGAUUACCUCGCCGAUCACCUGGUUCCUCCAUCUCAGGGGCAUCGACUUUGACCCUUAUAUAGACGACUGUCUCAUGAACCACCUCGACCCUCAGUUGCUUCACAAACAGAUGCACUUUGCCAUUCGUCUCUUGCAGCUGGGAUGGAUUAUCAACAUGGACAAAUCCCACCUAGAGCUGUCCCAGGAACUGAUGUUUGUAGGAGGCCUAUUCCUGACUCAUUGCGACCUUGUCAGGAUUCCGCUGGAUCGCUGGAGAAAGAUUGUCAGUUUCGCCAGCCCAGGUCUAUCUCAGCCGCUCGUGCUCAGGGAGUGGCAGUCCCUCUUAGGUCUCCUCACCUCAGCCCAGGACUUGAUGCUCAGAGGUCGUUUGAUGCUUCGGCCGUUACAGCGCUUUCUGUUGCCUUACAUCCAGACGGACGACCUUCAGUUGAGGUUCCUUCUGCCGCUGCAUCUCCAUGCUUACCUCCAUGCGUCUCUUCAGGGUUGGGGUGCACACCUCAACGACCAGACCACCUCGGGACUGUGGUCCGCCACCGAGCUAGGAUGGCACAUCAACAACUUGGAGCUGCAAGCAGUCAUUUUAGCGGUUCGACACUGGAUGCCUCUGUUGCGGAACACCAGGCUCCUGAUAGCUUCGGACAAUUCUACGGUGGUGUGGUUGAUUCACAAUCAGGGAACGACUAGGUCCAAACAGUUGUUGGAGCAGACUUUCCAGCUGACUAGUCUCCUGGACAACAAUGGCAUCACGCGUGCUAAAGACAAAUCCAAACAACUUUUUCAAGUCAUGGAUAAGCCGGCUGAGUCCCUCACAUGUCAACUGAUGUCAGACGACCCUCUUCCUUCCAGUGAUCCGCCAUAG